AUGACAGAAGCCAUGUCCUUCAUUGAGCACCAGACAGACACAAUGUCUACAACGGUGUCGACAGUGCUUUUCAAUCUUGAUCCAAUCAGCGUGAUACGAGAAAAGGACCGACAAACGCUCUCAUGUCAAAUGUCGAGUGCGAUGCCUCAUGGUCCGAGCCCGGAGUCUGAAAAGCAGGUCGACAAGGAGACUUUGAUUACAGAGGUCGAGAAGCCGCCCGAAAGCAAUUGCCAGAACACAGAUCAGGUACUUCAUCGGCAGGAUCCCAACCUGCCCUCAUGCCAUGAUGUUGAAGAUGAUUCUUUGACAACCAUCCACACCAGAAACACGGAUGCUGCACUCAAGCCGGCUCCUGGAAGUACCGCACCCCUCAUGAGCGCUUUCAAAGAAGAUGUCAAUCCAGCUUCGCCUCAAGUCACUGGAGACUCGGUAAGUGCGAAUAGCCAGAGGACCUCUGGCGCUGCUCUGCAAGCUCAGUCAGGCCUCCAGACCAAUCGGCCCUAUAAUCGCAAAAUCCGCCGUCUUAUUCUGCGAAUGUCUCAAUCCUCGAGGCAGGUGCAGACUGACUCGGCUCGAUCGAACGCUUGCAUUCAUCAGAAAUCCAUGUCUCGGCCAGGCCAUGAGGUUGACUGGAACGAGGACUUACGCCCAACUGACGAUGACGAAUCUCGCGAGGAUCAUCAGGAGGCACCCAGGCAGGAAAUCUCUCUUCAGAGGGUCCCCCAAAAAAGCACAGUCAGGAAACGAUGUGCACCCAAUGUUCACCCAGGUCAGAAGAAACGUCCCAAAAAUAAGACGCAGAGCGGCUCACCCAAGGCUACUCGCGGCUCUAGCUUUGUCUUCAGAAGCAAUGGCUCCUCUGAAAAUGGCAAGGCUGCCCAUGCAGCUUUGGAGUUGCAAGAAGAGCAGCUGCAUGGCGCAUUCACGAGUGAGUCCAUCGCGAACAUGGUCGCCUCGUUUCCUGUCCUCGUUCCAGAUGAGAACAGCCACCGGGUCAGAAGUGAACCAGCCGAUCUUUUGAAACUUUCAAGCAAUCGCUCUGUUCUGUCUGGUCCAUCAGACCCUGGAGGUGGCGACUGGGUCUUAGAAAGGUCACAGAAAACGGAAGGGCCACGGUUACAUGGACCAGGCAGUGCAGUCGGACAGAAACUCAAGGAUGCCAUUUGUCAAGCUCAGUCACUUCAACUACAAGAUCCAAUCUCUGUCCUCCAAACAGAGUCACUGGACCAACCAGUGGUCGAACAAAGCUUCCGCACUGGGGCAGUUCCUCAAGGCCAAGUUGCAACGUAUCAAACGCUAUCGUCCUGGAGCACUGAGAAUCAUGCGUCUUCUUCCAAUAGUGAGCAUAGUGUCACUUGCAAGCAAGACAGAAUCUCCGCCUAUCACAGGAGCUCACAUAAGCAUGUGUCUACCGCAACACUCAAUUCGAGCUCCCUUAGCCCAAAUUUGAGAAGACCUCGAGACACGGUGGGAAACGAGGGUGAGUUGGAGCAGAAGCUCGGGGGAAAGGAUGCCAUUCAAUCGACGGCAACGCCGAAUGACUGUCUCGAUAUGACAGAUGUGUCGUGCAAAUUGAUCGCGCGUCCGGCCGAGCUCUCUCGACGAGUCCCAAGCAAGCAACACCCGGAACCUGCAUCAGCCUCCCGAAUCAUGCCUUGCGCUCUUACACAAAGCACGAGAUUAAAACUACCUGGCAGGCCACAAUCAACAAUUGAUUUGACCAGUGAUCGUGGAAAUAUUUCGAAGUCUCAGCAGUCACUGUUGGUGGGAGCUUACUGUCAAAGCACCAGGGCAAUUGCAAUGGAAAGCAUCGUAGACCAUAACGGUAGCCCACGACUUCGUCCUCGGGAAUGCACAGAGGCUGCGCUUUGUUCUCAGGAAAUCGCGCCCAUUCAUGUAGCCAGCAUGCGAGUCUCUGACCCGAGCUCCAAUGCAUGUGAUUCUGCUCGAAAGUCUGAUUGCUACGACUUGGACAGUGCCGAUUACCCAAGGAGGAUUUCCUCGAAAUUCCACAGAGACAUGUUCAUGGAGUAUGGAUUUGAUCCCACAGAACUUACGCCGGGCUCGAAAGGAUCCGUGAGGACAAAUGUAGACGCUAAAAAGAAACGAUACAGUUCAGAGCGUUGCACGCAAAAGGAUGACUCCAACGAUGGCGAAUAUGAUGAACAGGAAGCGCUUCUCCUCCGUGAUGCUCCCGUUCUCAAGCUCAGCCCCGACAAGGAUUCUGAAGACACCCACAAAAGAGGCACUUCCCUCAUGACACAAGGCUUCACUUGUCACAGGGACUCUUCAUUGAUCGGGGUCACAGAUUCUGCAUCAGGACAGACUACGCGCAAGGUCCUACACAGUGGGACAGACUGGGUCUUGAAAUUACAGGCAGCUCAAGACAAUGCUCAGAGUCUAUUAUCGGAGACCAACCGGCAACUUGCGACCCAGCUUGCAACAGAGCAUGAGACCAUGCAAAGCGUGCUACAGAGUUAUCGACAAGGAUGUCAGCAGAUUCUAAAUGACCUUGCCCGAGCACAGCAGGCGAGAAUCGAGAUCAUGCAGCAGCAAGUGUCCCGUAUCAAUGAACAGCACGCUCAGAUUUGUCGAGAUCUUAGGCAAGAUCUCGAAGAGCUAGAUUGCCGACUCCUCCAGAACACCUCGUCAAAGGGAGGAAAUCGUGUUUCUUAG